AUGAGCUGGCAAAGUGUAGGUCACUUUCUGAUAGCCGGACAUUUUUGGUACGGGUGCUACUACGAUUGGUACCACGUUAAAAUCCCUUCGUCCAUAGUAGAUUUGGGCGACUCAAAAUUCAAUACUCACAAAUUAAAGUAUUUAACUUAUUGGGACGCUCUCAUACAAUCUAUUUUCUUUACAAUUUGCCUCCUAAACGAUCUCGUUGGCACAAAUGAACAAUUUCCCAAGCGAAAACCUUUAAUACGACAUUUCAAAGAUGCUCUAUUACCCAUUCUGGCAUUCCCAUUGUCCAUGUUUGUAGGUUUAACAUUUUGGGGCCUCUACGCUUUAGACAGGGAAUUGAUUUUCCCCAAAGUCUUGGAUCAGUAUUUUCCAGCAUGGCUUAAUCAGCUAAUGCACACCAACAUAAUGAUAUUUUCAUUUUUAGAGUUGCUAAUCUCCUAUAGAAAAUAUCCUUCUAGAAAAACUGGCUUAACAAUCUUACUAGCAUUUAUGUUAAUAUAUUUAACUUGGAUCCAUUAUGUACAUUCUUAUACCAACAAAUGGGUGUAUCCCAUUUUGGAAGUUAUGAAUUUUCCUAUGAGGAUUGGGUUUUUCAUUGUUAUGGCUUUGUUUAUAGUGGCUAUGUAUAUUAUGGGGGAGACUAUUAAUAGGUUUUGGUGGGAGAGAAAGUCCACUAAUAAGUCGAAAAAAUUAAAACAAUAA